AUGGCGCUCUGCAGCAGUGCGCACGUGCCGCGGUACGUGGAGUGGAGUGUUCCAGCUGCCCACACACGCGGCGACGGCUGCGCUGGUGUUUUGGUUCUGCUGCAGGUCCCGCCCACUACACUUACAGCCGUGUGUUCUACGGAGGCAGACGGAACAAUGCCUGGCAAAGCCCCCGUGACAAUGGCCAUUAAAACAAGUCCUGCAAGUGCAGCGACUCCGCAAAAGUCUUAUCCUUUUGCUUUGAAGAAGAUCAUGGACAUCCCCCCUCCAAACAUCUUGGAUGAAGGCGACGACGAUAUCGAGAAAGAAAAGCUGGGCUCUUCACAGGAUGUGGAAGGAGUUGUGGCUGCAGCUGCACCUGCUGCUCCCAGGGGCAGUGGUGGAGGCGGAGGCAGUGGAGGGGUGUCUGCCUCCCUGACCCCAGCUAUUUGGGACAAGACCAUCCCCUACGACGGUGAGACGUUCCACUUAGAGUACAUGGACCUAGAUGAGUUCCUGCUGGAGAAUGGGAUCCCAGUGAGUCUGGAGAUGGAGGAGCUGCAGAAGACAUUGAACGGAGAAGGCAAAGGAAAAACUGUUCCCAAGGUUACGGCUACAAUCAGCACUUCUACUACUACUACUGCUGCUGCUGUUGUGCCCACAUCAGUGUUUCCUACUUCGGAAGACACUUCUGAGCAAGAGGAACCCAUUACUGUUACUACACUACAGCCAGCUAAGAUAGAAGAAGAAGAGGAGCAGGAAGAAGACGACGAAGAAGAAGAGGAGGAGGAGGAGGAGGAAGAAGAGGAGGUGCAGGAGGAGGUGGACACGCAAGAUGAACAGACGCUGCCAGACUUGGAGAUAAAGAAGCAAGGGAAGCAAGCAGAAGUUAAGGAAAAGAAAAAGGAAGGCAGUACUGGAGACCGGAACACACCAUCUCCCGUAGACCCUGAUGCCAUUGAAGUGGACAUUAACUUUCAGCCUGAUCCCACUGAUCUGGUGCUGUCUAGUGUUCCUGGAGGAGAACUUUUUAAUCCACGCAAACACAGAUUCUCUGAUGAGGAUCUAAAGCCACAACCCAUGAUCAAAAAGGCCAAGAAGGUGUUUGUUCCUGAUGAGCACAAGGAUGACAAAUACUGGUCCAGAAGGAAGAAGAAUAACUUAGCUGCGAAACGUUCCAGAGAUGCACGGCGCCUCAAAGAGAACCAGAUCACAGUUCGAGCCUCAUUCUUGGAGCGGGAAAAUGCAGCUCUGCGACAGCAAGUGGCAGAGCUGCGAAAGGACUGCGGGCGAUGCAAAAACAUCCUGGCCCGCUAUGAAGCAAAGGGACUGCAGCUGGAGGGUGAGCUGUCUGGGUUGCUGGGCGGCCUGUGCCAUCAGUUUCUUGAUGAGCUGAUGUGA